UGCGGAUAUGGUCACUCUUCCUGAUCUUUCUUGGUCCUGAGCACUCCCUGAGCUCCUCACAGGGCCUCCUCUCCUUCUGGAUGGCUCUGCUUCUCUCAUGCCCUGGAGGGAAUCAGGCCAUGGCUUGGAUCCUGCUGUUGCUGCUGCCACCAGCAUCCCUGCAGGCUGGUAACCAAGCAGGAGCCAACAGAAAAUAUGACUAUGGUGUUGAACAACCACCAUACCUGUCUGGUGUCCUGGGCGGUUCCAUCGACAUCCCCUUCUCCUUCUACUUCCCCGGGAAGUUGGCAAAGAAUCCCCAGAUGAGGAUCUCCUGGAGAUGGAAGCACUUCCAUGGGAAAUUUUUCUACAGCAGCACCCCGUCUUUCAUACACAAGCACUUCGAGAACCGGGUCACCCUGAACUGGACACAGGGUCAGACGUCUGGAGUCCUCAGAAUCCUGAACCUGCUAGAGGAGGACAAGACCUCGUACUUCUGCCGAGUCUCUCUAAACACACUGAAAGAAGGAAGGCAGCAGUGGCAGUCGAUAGAGGGGACCACACUCACCAUCGCCCAUGCAGGCUCUGAAGUCACCACAGAAGGCUCAACAGUCACCACAGCUGGCCUUGCAGUCACAGAGGACCAGAGGAACCUGGGGACUUGGCCCUUAGAUCAGGGAGCCACAGUUGGGUUAGUAGUGGCUGCUGUUCUGUUCCUAGCUGGGAUUUUGGGAUUGCUGGUCUUCCUCAGGUGGAAGAGAAAGAAAGGCCAGCUGACUGAGAGCACCCCCCCUGCCAGGGAACUCCUUGAAAACAGUGAGAAAUAUGAGAAUGUUGGGCAUAAAGGACAACACACAGAGCCCAAACAGAAGCCCAGGGAUGACGGCAUUGUCUACGCCUCUCUUGCCCUCUCCACCUCGACCUCACCAGGAGCACCUCCCUGCCUCCGUGUCCACAGGAGCCCCCAGGAAGAGACUCUAUACUCUGUCCUAAAGGGCUAAUGGACUGGGGGACAUCUUGGGCUUCCAGUAGAGGUUGCUCUGCUUCCAAUGAUACCCAAGGCCAGAGGCAAAAACCAAGUCAGCAAAUUUGAAGGUCACAAAGAAACUGGGAAACCCAACCCAGUUUCUUCUUUCAACUUGCUAGGCCUUGCUCACAGAAAUAAAAAUAUU